AUGGUGCACCCGGACAAGAAAGCGAAUCCGGACCAAGUGGAUGGACUCAAAGCGACGGUAUCUGAAACAUGGGAAGCAGUGGUCCACAAGCAGGAAGAAGUGCCUUUUGUGACAUCACUUACUCAAGGCCAAGAUCUUGUGAAGAACCUCGACUUACACAUCGGAGUCUCAAUCCGAACUUAUCGAGCAUUGAGCAGCAGCAGCAAUCCAUGCGAAACAGAUCCCGGUUAUGUUCUAUCAAAUUGCCAGUGGGCUUGCUACGAGAAGGAACUCAUUUCCAGAGUCGGUUGCAGACUUCCGUUCAUGGCGAACUCGACGACUAGGAUGUGCAACGGGGGAAAGGAGUUCACGAAAGCCUCGUUUACGAGCAUCCGAAUGGUGGACGGGAGAGACGCGACCAUCCCGACUUGGAUCCCUGACAAAUGUGACUGUCCCACGCCAUGCAAUCAGGAUCUCUACAGUUUCUCAGUUGAUUCCCGUAUUCGAACAGACAACGUCUCCGUCACUCGACUCUAUUAUGUGGACAUGAACUACGAGGAGAUCCAGGAGGAGUACAGUUAUAAUAUAUUCGCACUUCUAUGCGACCUUGGAGGGACUCUAGGGUUGCUUCUCGGAGCCUCAGUGUUGACCAUGAUACAGAUCCUGGAAUGGUUCUUCAGUACGGUAGCCGCUUGGGUCCUUAGCCAUCGAUCCCCAGUACAGGUCGUGGGUCCAGCCACUUAG